GAAUAAUAAACGAAGGAAGCACCUGUUUAGAGUCUCCCACUCACUCCCAUACCCCUACUUCUAUAUUAUUUGUACUAUCUCUUCGUUUCGUUGCCCAUCUUCUGUAGCUGCUUCUUCUUCUUCUUUCUCUUCCUCCUCUUUCUCGUACUCUUCUGUUUCCUUGGUCUUUUUUUUUUUUUUUUUUUUUUCCUCUCUUGUCUCUCUCUGUAUUCCAUUCAUUGUUCUUAGAUUUAUGCAGAGAAAAGAAGUCAUUUUGAGAGGCGAUUUUCAUUACCAAAACAUAUGUGUAAAUAUAUAUGUCACAGAAAGCUGAUUGUGUGAGGUGAUUUGAGGGAUCAAACCAGAAUUUGUUCCAGCGAUUUUCAUCCUUUGGAAUACAUACAUGUCAAUGAGAUAUCAGAGAGUAAGCAGCCCAGAUGGCGUUGCUUUGAGUAAUGGGAAGAAGCCCAACAUCAAUGGCAGAAUUCUCAACCCGACUACCAAUACCACCAGAACAAAUGUGAAUGGCACCAGUUGUUCUACUUUGGAAGCCAAAGGCUUCAGGUUCAGAUCCCCAUCUAGAACAACCCAAGACCAAAUCAACACUUUUGAAGCUGCACCCACUUCACCCCAGUCCGAUAACCACCACCACCACCAGCAGCUCCAUGAUCCCCUAUCAGCAGCGAAGAACCACCAGACCCAGAACCCGAAGAGCGACAGAAGUCCAAGUCCCUGUGCGAGUGCGAGUCCCUGCCCGGGCCGGGGUGCCGGAGGCGUUAAUGGAGACAUGUUACUGCAGUGGGGCCAGAGAAAGAAAGCAAGAGUCUCAAGAACGGAGAUCCGGGUGCUAACUGAUGACUCGGCAUCAUCGUCGUCGUCGUCUGCUGCUAUCAAGGCCCAAAGGAGACUCGCACCCGCCACAACGAUGCCACCACCGCCGCCUCCGCCACUGCCCCUUUCUUCCGCUUCUACUCCUAACGCCCCCACCAGACCCAGAAGAGAAGCUUCUGCCUUUCUUUCCAACAGGAAUUUAGAGGAGCGAUCUGGUUCUGGAGCAAACGGAUCACCAUCCAGAAACGGUGGCAGCAGUAGCCGAGUGUUGCCGAGAUCUAUGGCCGGAAGACGAUCUCCUCCUCCGGAGAAACUUGAUAGAAAGAUGAAUCCUUAUUCUGGGUCUGCAAAAGAUGAGAAGGAGAAGCCAAAUGGAUCCUGUGAUCAUCUUGAUUCUGCUAAUCAAGCACACUCAGAGCAAGAAGCUGGGCCUACUAACACUGCUGCUCCAUUGACUGGAGGAGGAGGAGGAGGGGAAAAGGUGAAUGUUGAAGUGACUGAGUGGCCCAGGAUUUACCUUGCUCUGUCGAGAAAGGAGAAAGAAGAUGAUUUCCUUGCAAUGAAAGGCACAAAACUGUCUCAGAGACCCAAGAAAAGAGCCAAGAACAUUGAUAAAGCUCUCCAGUAUUGUUUUCCAGGGAUGUGGCUGUCUGACUUGACAAGGAAUCGAUAUGAGGUUAGGGAGAAGAAAUGUGUGAAGAAGCAAAAGCGAAGGGGUCUGAAAGGAAUGGAGAGCUUGGACAGUGAAUCCGAGUAGCCAAUUUUCCAGUCAAUUCUGCUCCAAGAAAAUAAAAAAUAAAAAAAAAUUAUAUUAUGUUGGUUCAUACUUUAUAGUGGGUGGAGGGUAGGGCCCACCAACAACCUUUUUCAAUUAAUAUAUUUGGCCCUUUCUUCUACUGUUAAAGGUAUCAAUUUGAGGUUGAUAUAUCGGAGCUUGAUCUGCAAAAGCACACGCGGAGAGAUGGAGGCAGGUGUGACUGAAAAAUCCAGAGGUACUCAGGGCCCAUCCAAGCCAAGCCUAGCCUUCUCUCAGAGAGAGACUGACAACCAGAAGAGCUUUUAUACUCAGCCAAGUUUUUUAAUGUAAGAUAUAAAAACCAGCUAAAUCAAUCACGUGAGGAAACCCUCCAAGGUGGGGUUCUUUUUUUUAUGUUAAGUGCUUGGUUUUUUUGGUUGCUUGUCAUUUGUUUUGCGUGGAAUUCUUUGCUGUUGUUCAUGCUCAUCCCGUGUUGAGAAAGAGCUGCCCUCCACCCUUCGUGCAGCUGUUUCUUCCCCAUCAAUGACAAAUGAAUGAGCUGUUUUC